ACCAUGGCCACAGGUUUGUCAUCCUGGCUGAACGGAAUGCUUGGGACUAAGAGGACCAUCCUAUCGUCCCUUCUGUUUCUGCUGUACAGCAACACACAUGUGAUGGGUUCGGAUCUGGAUACUGCCAUAAGAUUGCGUACUGAGUAUUGGAAAAAAUGCAAUGACUCAUUAUCAAUCCAGUUUCCCGCACAAACUGGAAUCUUUUGCAACGGGACAUUUGACACUUUUGUCUGUUGGCCACAUUCAGCCCCUGGAAAUGUCUCUGUCCCCUGUCCCUCCUACCUGCCCUGGAUCAAAUCAGAUAUCUCAAGGCGAGUGUACAUGGAGUGUCUGCCCAACGGAACAUGGCGGCAGGAAGAGAACUCUACCAUAGUGUGGAGAGAAGAGACAGAGUGUAAAGAUACUCACUACUUCGAGUCCUUGAUCUCUGUGAUCUGCAAGGCGUCCCGCGUGUCCAUGGAGUACUUUGUGGGGUGUAAUUUCUUCUGGCUGCUGGUGGAGGCCAUAUUCCUCCACACACUGCUCUUCACCGCGGUGCUGACCAAACGCAGGCUGCUGAAACGCUACAUGCUCAUUGGAUGGGGGACUCCUAUGGGUUUCAUAUUGCCAUGGAUUGUGGUGAAAGCACUCUAUGAAAACAUACACUGCUGGGUAAACAAAAGCCGGCUGAUCUGGUGGAUGAUUAAGGGACCUAUAGCGGUCGCCGUAGUGGUGAUUUUUUGCAUUUUCCUGAAAAUUCUGAAACUCUUGCUGUCAAAAUUGAAAGCAGACCAGGUGAAAUUCACUGACUACAGAUACAGCUUAGCCAGAGCAACCCUGGUCCUGAUUCCAUUGCUAGGGAUUCAUGAAGUAGUGUUCAACCUGGUCACAGAUGACUACAUGGACAUGAAACAGCGAGACAUCCGCAACUUCAUCAACAUGAUUCUCAGCUCUUUCCAGGGCUUUGUGGUGGCUGUGCUCUACUGUUUUCUAAAUGGAGAGGUGAGGGCGGAGCUUAAGAAGAGGUGGCAGCAGUUCGCCUGCACCCAUCACCUGGAUAUGCGCAGCUGCGUCCGGGGCAUGCACCCCAAAUACCUGUGGAAGUGCUCCCAGAGGUCCGCGGCGGCCCAGUCGUCUGCGGACAACAGCGAGACCUACCAGGAGGGCGGCGGUAGCGGCGUCGGUGGCGGUGGCGGCGGCGGCUUCAACAGCGGUCUGAUGCACACCACGCACCUGCUGCAGGUGCCGUCGCAGUGCGGCAAGAACCCCCAGUGGGCGGGCCGGGUCACCGCCCUGGAGUUCUACCCGCGGAAGAGCCUCUCGAGCAGCGACGGCGAGAUGACGCUGGGGGAGACCAUGGAGGAGAUCCUGGAGGAGAGCGAGUUCUGAGUAGAGCGGACCGAAGCCCUCCAUUACUGUGCGUUCACACCGCCUUUGAGCUUCCAAAGAUUCCGGAAGUCAUUCAUUUUCAAUGGAAGCCGGCUUCUCUCUGCUGCCAGCAGCGACCAAUCCGUCGGCGUCGCGUUUUGGGCGUCUUGAGCGACUAGAGAAAGUUGAAAGUGGUUUAACUUUAUGGUAAUGAGCUAUGACGCGGUUCAGCGACCAAACGACCAGCAACGAACAUAGAAUGCUACUACGUCAGAGCGGCCAAAGCAUCCAAGCUUCCCACGGCGUCCUUGACAGGGCGUCCAGAGCGAUUUUGGAAGCUCAAGUCGCUCUUGGUCUGAACGCACAGUUAUGGCUCACGACAGACUGAUGAUAUUGGAGCGGCUGUAAAGAAGAGGCUUCGAAACUAUGUGAAUCAGUGUACAGUUCAUUGUGUGUAAGAUAAAGUGCUGACUAUACUGUAGUGUAUGUUUGAUAUAUUAUACUGUAAUUUACACAUACUGUAUCUAUACACAAGAAAUAAAGGGUCAUAAAUGAGAUGGACAUGGGGGUAUUUCAAAAUAAAUGUCAUUCUUUGACAUUCAUUAAUACCCUUUUGAUUGUUAAUGAGUGACAUAGUAAAAAAGGAAUUAAGGUUUGCUGUCCUAAAUUCUUUUUUGGGAAAUCCGGUUUUGUGUAUUUGUUCUGAAGUAACUUAAUACUUGUGAUUGAAACUAUGGAUUGUAUGCUAUUUUAGCAUACAAUGACUACCUGAUGAAAAGACAAGGAUGUCUCUAGUCUUGUGAUUAAUGUAAAUAAUAGCAAUUAUUGGAUAAAAUCUAAUUAUGCAUUGCUGCCCUGGAUGUAAAUAUAUAGUGAUGCAGCUAGUUCAGUGCUGUUCAGUAUUAUUACCAUAUUAUAUGUUGUAGAUAAUAUGGAUUCUAUAUGAAAUAACCACCGGCCCCUAUUCAAUGAUAAGGAUGUGAGGUUGCAGCUACCGUAAUGGAUACUGUAGCUGAGUGAACCAAGACAAACCAGUUUAGCCAUUUCAAUUUUCUCUGCGGGUCUGGAAAAGAGCCCAUUGACGUCCAUUUCCAAAUCACUAAAAACCCAGGAACGUGUAUUUUCUUUGGAAUUCAGUAAACAAUUGCGUAAGACCUUAAUACACAAAUCUAAGUUUAGUUUCACUGCUAGUUACGCCCUAGGAAGACACAGUUGUCAAUGGAAUCCUUUUCAGAUGGACCUGCAAAGCCAGUUCAAAUUUGGCAACAGAUUUGUCUGGGUUCACCUAAGCUAAUUAAUGCAGUUAGUUCAAGAAGGAAUCAUUGUGUUUGUGAUGACUGCCAUGUUGAUAAUAAGAUGUAUAGGUUUUUAUAUUGAUCUGUGUACAGAUGUGAUGAAGUGUUGCAGUAAUAAUAUAUUGUGUAACCUGGAUACAAAAAAAGUUUAUUGUGAAGAAAAAUAUCUUUCGGGACAUAAGAAGCAUUUUGUACUGUAGGUGACGUGUUCUGAGAAAAAAUAUUAUAAUGUUCUUGUCUGCAAAAUAAUAAUAAUAAUAAUGUACUAUUCAUAUUAAUAUGUGUAUGUUAUAAAUGGUUUUGACUGUGACUGCUAAUGAUAAUGACAAUUGUACAGAAAUGAUACACAUUUCACAAGUUAUUUUUCAACUGUCUAAGAACAUACUUUUCUAUCUUUGUUGUAAAAUACAUUACAGUACAUCUUGCACAUGUUUUAAUAAAAGAAAAAGACGUCUAUAACACUAUAAGAUAACAUUGCAUGCUUGAGCUAUUAAGAUGUCCAAUUCAGAAGGGGAGUUGACUGUAAACCUGAAGGAAAAUGUUGAAUGAUGUUUGAAAAUAAAACAAAUAAAUAUGAAUAAAAUACUUGUCAG